AUGUAUCCCGCAUCAAAAAUUUUAAGGCAGGAUCAAUUAUUAGUUAUGGGUCAAACCCUAUCUGAACCAGUGACAGAUAAACAAUCAUCAACAUGCCAGGACUCGCGAUACCUUGUUGGUUCCUCUUGUAUGCAAGGAUGGAGGGUCUCAAUGGAUGAUUCACAUACUCACAUUUUGUCACUACCCGAUGACCCUGGAACAGCUUUCUUUGCUGUAUAUGAUGGUCAUGGAGGGUCAAAUAUAGCAGAAUAUGCUGGUAAACAUCUUCACAAAUUCAUAACAGCUCGACCGGAGUAUCAUUUGGGGAACAUUGAAGAGGCCAUGAAACAAGGAUUCCUAGACCUGGACCAAGCGAUGCUAGAUGAGGGCGGGCAAGAGAAGGUUGCUGGUAGCACAGCGGUUGUGGUCCUCAUCAAGGAAAACACUUUAUACUGCGCCAAUGUUGGAGACUCUAGGGCCGUUGCGAGUGUAAGGGGUGCGGUGGAAUCCCUUUCAUACGAUCACAAACCAACAAACAAAGAGGAACUAGAGAGAAUAACAGCAGGCGGAGGAUGGGUUCAACUAAACAGGGUUAAUGGAAACCUGGCGUUGUCCAGAGCGUUGGGAGACUACAUCUUUAAGAAGAACUAUAGGAUGUCGCCCAGGGAACAGAUUGUAACUGCAUAUCCAGAUGUUCAAGUUCGGCAUCUUAACGAAGAUUGGGAGUUUAUAGUGAUUGCUUGCGAUGGAAUUUGGGAGGUGCUUUCUAAUGAGGAGGUGAUAUCAUUCUGUCGGAUACGACUGCUGAGUGGCUGGGAGCCGGCUGCCGUGUGUGAAGCACUAAUGCAGCGCUGCCUGGCUCCAAACUGUCUGACAGGUGGCCUCGGGUGCGAUAAUAUGACAGUGCUUAUCAUCUGUUUAACACCGUUCCCCUCGCGGGAAAUGCUGGAAGCAAUACCAGCGGAUCAGAUGUUGAACGACAAAUUUAUGACCAAAAUCCAAGAUCUCUUAUACGUGGAAGACGAAGACGAAGAUUUAAAGUAA